AUGUCUAUGGAUCACGGCAGAGACCCAUGCCCAUGGGUUAUCCUUAACGACUUCGGUGGCGCGUUCGCCAUGGGAGCCAUCGGUGGAACUAUCUGGCACGGUAUCAAAGGUUUCCGAAACAGUCCAUAUGGCGAGCGAAGAGUCGGCGCUCUCUCAGCAAUCAAGAUGCGCGCACCGGUUUUGGGAGGAAACUUCGGCGUUUGGGGUGGUUUGUUCAGCACAUUCGACUGCGCAAUCAAGAGCACACGGCAAAAAGAGGACGCCUGGAAUGCGAUAGGAGCUGGUUUCCUUACAGGUGGUUCCCUCGCUUUCCGUGGUGGAUUCAAGGCUGCACGAAACGGUGCCAUCGGCUGCGCCGUCUUGCUUGCCGUCAUUGAGGGUGUUGGUAUCGGAUUCCAGAAGCUCAUGGCGGGCAGCACGAAGCUGGAGGCACCUGCACUCCCUUCGAGCAACGAGCAAGCAGCAUUAUGA